AUGGACUCACAGCAGGGCUCUACGCUUCGACAGAGUCACGCCGAGAUCUGCCCUGCGGAUCACACUGACCUGAGCGGCGAUAGUUCAAAUUCGCUUCUUGCCCACGGUGAACGAUGCGGUACAGUCGAUCAACCCUCAUUCCCCAACAUUGCAGCCUCUGGAGACGCGGAGCAGCAGUACCAGUUCGAGCUGCAAGAGGUGGCGAGGUACCUCCGAAGCUCACCAUACAACGAUCAACGACCCGAGUUCUUCCUCCCUGCAGAGCAAUUCCAACAAUUCGAAGAGGAGUUGGAGCGUCGUCGUGGAUUCGCGGGAGCGCGUCCGAAAUACGACUAUUCUUAUGCAACUGGGACGCUGACGCUGAGAAUGCCCAGUCACAUGCACGAGGCUCUGGUGGCAGAUCUCAACCAGAGUCUGAUAGGGUUCCUCCUCGAAGCGCGAAAGAACAAGGAGACUCCAGUGUCUAGCUUCGCCAAGUCAAUCUUCCCCAUGGCCUCUGCUGACGUGCGAUAUCCUUCCAAAGACGGCACGGACGAUGUCUUGCGUCAACCCGACUUUGAAUUCAGAACCGUGGAGCAUCCUGAAUACCCGGUUCUUAUCGCUCAAGAAUACAUCGAACAGACGGAGGGCCACAUCCGAACCGUCAUCGCCAUCGACCUGAACUAUCCAAAGGGUAAAGGGGCGCAGCUCUUGGUAUGGAGGGCAAAGUUUGGUGAAGACGGGAAGUUUGAGGGGAUUGCCUGCGACUCCAUGGAGAUCCGAAGCAAAGACGGCGCCAAGAACCCCAAUAGUCAAGCCAGGCUUGUCAUAUCACUUCAAGACUUUACCUUUGGUCAAGGAAAGGACGAGGAUGUGGGUCUUCAAUCUGUGACCGUGACCCUAUUGGCCGACGAUCUGUAUUCGGUCUUAGAACGGAUGGAGCAAUUGCUCGAAGCCAACUAA